UCCAUUUGUUUGUUUCGCUUUAUUGUUGUGUGUAGAAUAUCAAUCAUGUGUGUGUGAGAGACCAGUGCAUGAGAUACUGCAUCAGCGUGAUUGAUGUAAGAGUAGAGAGAUAUGUUUCUGAAUUAGAAUCUAAAUCACGUUAAUGCAUGUGAUUAAUUUUAGGGAUUAACAUGCGCAGAAACACAAUCACUGUAAUUAAGUAUCUGAUAGUAAGCAGCUGUCUGGUAGUGACAGGGGUCAUGCUACUUCAUACCAUACACCGGAUGAAAAUUCGCCCAAGACACUUGGGACAGAACAAUGAGAACAUUGAGAUAAGGGACCCUAGACAGCCUGUACCUGAUCCAGCCUUACAGCAGGUGUUUGAAGAGAUCAUCAAGAAGACCAGGCCGGAGAGUGAGAAAAUUGACUGGCACGACUACGCUGCUAUUGAGAAGGAAAAACAGAGGCAAGGUCCUGGAGAACAGGGUACUGCCUUUGUUCUUCCUAAAGAAGAUGAAGCUUCAAAGCAAUCUCUGUAUAAUUCCAACGGAUUUAAUGCUUUAGCUAGUGAUAAAAUUUCGUUAGAGCGGUCCCUGUCUGAUAUAAGACAUCCUGAUUGCCAGAAAAAGAAAUACCUCAAGUUCCUGCCCACGGCUAGUUUUAUAAUCCCAUUCCACAAUGAACACUUAUCCACCCUGCUUAGGUCAGUGUAUAGUAUUAUCAAUAGAGCACCAAAAGAGCUUGUCAAGGAGAUUAUCCUAGCUGAUGAUUACAGCUCAAAAGAUAGCAGUAAAAAAGAUUUGGAUGAUUAUGUGAAAGAACAUUUCACCAAUGUCCGAGUGGUCAGAGCUGAGCGACGUGAAGGGUUGAUCAGAACAAGGUUACUAGGGGCUAAAGCAGCCACAGGAGAUGUCCUCAUAUUUCUGGACUCCCACAUUGAAUGUAACAUCAAUUUUCUCCCACCACUUUUAGAACCAAUAGCUGAAAACUAUCGCACAACAGUCUGCCCAUUUAUAGAUGUUAUUGAUUAUGAAAACUUUCAAUAUCGUGCACAAGAUGAGGGGGCCAGAGGAGCUUUUGACUGGCAAUUUUUUUAUAAACGUCUUCCGCUGUUGGAAGAGGAUAAAAAGAAUCCUUCAGAACCAUUUGCCAAUCCUGUUAUGGCUGGUGGACUUUUUGCCAUCAGCAGAGAAUGGUUUUGGGAAUUGGGUGGCUAUGAUCCAGGUCUUGAUAUUUGGGGCGGAGAACAGUACGAGUUGUCUUUCAAGAUCUGGCAGUGUGGUGGUAGAAUGGUGGAUGCUCCGUGUUCUAGGAUAGGACAUAUAUAUAGAAAGUUUGCACCAUUUCCUAACCCUGGUGUAGGAGACUUUGUUGGAAGGAAUUAUAAGCGUGUAGCAGAAGUUUGGAUGGACGAGUAUGCUGAGUUUAUUUAUGACCAUCGACCACACUACCGAAAUCUGGAUGCCGGUGAUCUGACAGUACAGAAAGAAAUCCGAGAAAAGUUAAAAUGCAAAUCUUUCAAAUGGUUUAUGACUGAAGUGGCGUUUGAUCUUGUGAAAUUCUAUCCACCCGUGGAGCCACCGCCAUUAGCAGAGGGAGAGAUUCGUAAUGUUGGCAGCGACUUCUGUAUAGACACAAAUUUUAAACCAGAAGGUCAAAGAGUUGUUCUGGCAAAGUGUGUCAAAGGUGAAUCACAGGGAGGAGAGCAAGUUUUUGAAUUUACCUGGCACAAAGAUAUUCGGCCAAAGAGAAGAACAGUUUGUUUUGAUGUGUCUGAGAGUAAGCCCAGAACUCCAGUUGUUCUAUACAAUUGUCAUGGCUCUCAGGGUAACCAGAGGUUCAAGUAUAACACGGAGAGUCAACAACUUUACCACCCCAUUAGUGGUCUUUGUUUAGAUAGUGAUAGUAUGAGCUUAGAGUUGUAUAUGAAUCCGUGUGAUACAGCAGCAACAACUCAACGCUGGCAGUUUGAGAAACCUGAUCUGGAAGCUUUAAAAAAAGAUUUUGUUUUACCCUUAGGCAGCUAGUAAGAGUGGUAAUAUGUAUAGCAUUUUUAUUUAUUUACUAUUGGGUUGGUUGCAAGACAAUGAGUUUGUGUUUUGCCAUACACAUAAUGAAUUGUUUGAAUGGUACUGCUAAUGGUCUAUAUUUAAAUCAUAAGAGGCAACUCAGAUGUUUUUGGUAUUUUUAUAAAAUACUUUGAUUGUUGAUUGAAAGGAUUGUCUCACUAGGUGAAAAAGUAUUGUUACAAACUUUUUUACAUAUAACUUGCUGUCAAAUCUACGUAUUGUGUUUGUUAUUAUGACUAAUUUGUCCAUAUCAAAAACUGUUUCAUUCACAAUUUAAAUAAACAACGACAACCAGUUUGCAAAUAAUGAGUUUACUUUAACAUCAAUUUCUGAAAUACUUCCAUGUACUAUAAUCAAAGCAAUAAUUUUUAUCCUUAUUUUGAGCUUGUUUUUAAGUUAUAAAACAUGUAUAAAAGAAAUAUAUAUAUUUCUACAUAACAGAAUAUUUUCACUAUUGUAUCUGUUUUUAUCAAAAGUUAAAUAUGAUGGAACGUUAAAAAAUCAAAUGUGCCUGAGAGUAAAAUUUUCAACAAGUAUUUUGAUGAAAAUAUUUUUACACAAUAACUUAUCAGUAUACAUUUAUACAGUUGUUUUUUAUACAAUUAUUACAUGUAAGUUUAAUAUGAUAAAAUCCAUUACUUUAAAUGAACUAAAAACCUUUAUUUUAUUCAAACAAAAAUCAAUACAAUAAAUAAAUUAAAUAGCAAAAGUUAAUUGCACAUGUGUUGCAUCAUGUCAGAAAUAUUUUUUUACUACUGCUGGUUUCUGUGUGUUAUCUCAUUUUCCUUUAUCACUAGUUAUCGCAUAAUAGACACUUCAUCUGAGUAUAUUUUUUAAGUCUUUUCAGUUUUUUAUAUUUAUUUGCGUUACCAACUUUGUAUAUUUGAAAUAUAUAUUUUUUAUAAUAAAAGGUGGAGUAUUCAAGUAUAACUUUAAAUGUGAGGGGGGACACUACAUGUUUAUUCUUUUUUUUUUUACAAAAUUUUUUUUUUGUAGCACAUGUAGAUUUUUCACCCUGUAAUAUUUUGCUAAUUAAAUAAAAAUUAAUGUGGAGUCAUCAGUGAUUGCUCACACUGUAAUCUUUUUUAAAAUACAUUCCCUUAACCCAAUUAAAAUAUCAGGUAACUGUUUGUUGACAAUAUUGAUGUCUAAUGUGGCCAUACCUAUAAACUGUUCUCAUUAAUACUAACCCUGGAAAAAUGUACGUAAGAGAACCUAAUAUUAGUUAUAUUUUCACCUAUUGGUGUUUUGAUGUAUUUUAAUUAAAAGUAAACGGGAAAAUCUUUACACUUCUUAGUAUUCUGUGCUGCACAUAUUAUACGUCCUUUAUACUGUGAGGGAACUUUGUGGCUUCCUUUUAUAUGUUAAUCUCUGGGUUGUUACUUUUAUGAUACUAUGCUUUCAUGUUCACCAAAGGAAAAGUUUUGCUUCAAUUCCAAAUAUGUAAAUGUACUCCUGUAUAAAUAGGGUUGUUAUUUUUUUAAUAAUGAUUAAUAAAUUGAAUUCCUUUCCCUUGUAUGGAGAGAGGGGACUUGAUACACAGGCAACAUCUGACUCUCCUCAAUUUUCCACACAGGAUGGGACACUCCAGCUUAACUGUAUUAAAUUGAAUUGUAUUUAAGAUUAAGAGCACUGAAAAUAUUUUUUUGCUUACAACCACAAUAUUUCAUACUACUUAGCCCAACACAGAUUUUCGAUACUGACUGUUGAUUCAUAUAUGCUACAAACCUUUUUUUUUCUACUGAUGCUAUUUGGGUUUGUAAAUUGUCAUAUUAUUAUAUGGUUAAAGUGUUAUUUAUGCACUGUCAAAUCCUGAUAAUUUUUAUCCUAUUAAUUCUGAUGUAUUAAAAUAACAUGUUUUUUCCCCUGGUGAGACUAUAAUGCUUUUGUUAGUGUUUGAGGUCUAAUAAAACUAAACUUUGGAUUAUUGUCUGUUAGGCUAGGCAUAAUUAGAAUUUAUUUCAUUGUGGUCACAUAUGUAAGGCUAGUUUAAAAUUAUUUCAUUUUUUUAUCAAAUUCCAAAUGCAAAAUGUGAUAAAUUCUCAUUUUGCAGUUUAGGUUUAUGAACUAUGAUACUUAAAGCUUAUAAUAUAUUUUCAUAACCUUUUUGCACUGUGCAGCCUAUCGAAAGCUUGUUACCUGUUUCUCCAGCUCUCUUGAGCAAAGAGGGUAGCUGGCUUAGAAACACUGUUUUAUACAUCAGCAUUCUGAGGUGACUUGUUAUUUGUAUCUUUUUGAAAAUGAUGAAGUUGGUUUAUAAGGAUUGACAUUUUGUAUUAACUACUUGGGUUGUAUUUCUUGUACAAUUUUUUUCACAUGGGUAAUGGUCAAAAAUGCAUUGAAUAAUGGUCUGAGUAUAUUGUUCAUAGUUGAGGAUAAUUUUGUACAGUCAAUAUAAUAAUUAAAAUUAAUUUAUUAGAUUUGUACACGUUUUAAAUCAUGAAAGAACAACUAGGAAAAAUUAUUUUUAGUUUUAUUACCAUUAAUUUUAUGUGCAAGUUGUUAUGAUUGUAUAUCUUGUAUUGUUUUAUAGUAAGGAAUCAAAAAUAUAUAUAAUUUUUACAAGCCAAUAAGAUCAUUAAAUUAUUGACAUCUUGAGGUUCAAAUAGCCUGUUUAAAAUGUUUCACUUUAAAACCUGGCAAUCGUAGAGUGAUAUGCAGCAACUAAGAUAUUUUUUUAAAGUAGUGGAAAAGGUAAUUAUCCUUUUGAAAACAGACUUAUUUCAAGUUACAUAUCUGAAAUUUAUCAAAGUUAAAAGAAACUCUAUGAAGCAUUCCACAUUACAUAAGAUUUUUCUUGUAAUGCUUGUUAUAUUAAUAAUUCAUGAUUUGUGAUAUUGAACUAUGAUUAUCUAUGUCAAAUACUAUUUACUUGCUAAUAAAUCCUUUUAU